CCAUCCCCCAGCCCCGCCAAUGCCCUUUCUGCCAUGACCUUCCUUCAAGCCCGCAGACCGCCAGAGCAGCACUGCUGACUACCACUCUCUAUCCUGCGCCUGCCUUCUUACUAAGUGUUCCGUCGUGAGCGACCCGAAGAAGGCAUCUAUUUCGCCCCAAGGCCAACGGCCAGGAGCAGUCUCUUUGGUCGAAGCCUCGGCUUGCUGACCGUCUGAGGUUUUCAGCCAAACUCCUAAAAUCUUUAUUCAAGCACAUCCCGCCGUGCUCAGGCAGGGGUGUGGAGUAAUAUGGAGGAUAUGUCGAAUAAAAGCCAUGGCUCGAACCUGUGGCGACUUUCGUCCGAGCAGCAGCAGCAGCAGCCAGCGGACCAGGAACGUGUUGGGUCAGCACCCGUUCUUAGCUCGCCGCAGCACCACCAGCGGCCGCGUCGUCGAUCUAAAGAGCCGACCGCCAUCAAAUCUGGCCUAGCUGCUGCGGCCGCUGUUGCCAACACUGGUUCUCCUACUGAUGCGGAUGCCGGAAAGGGUUUCAGCGCUUUCGUGAAAGGGGAAGUCACGGGACGUGCAGAGGGAGCAGGGCCGCCAUGGCAGAGUGCAGCCGCAGUUACCGCAUCUGUUGUUCGCGUUACCCGCGGGACCGACAAGCGGCCGAAGCCCAACCGGCAGCUGUUCCCCCAUCCCGAACCUGAAUCGCAUGCUGCUGAGCCUCUGCCCGAAGCUGCAGCGGUUUCGGAGCGGCAGCGUGCGUUUCCAGCAAUUUCUGACUUCCCUCACGCCCGUGGGGCUGCUGAGGCGCUGGCGGAGGGGAUGGGCGGUGUGGGGGAAGCGGAAAUGGCGUGCGCUGGGGGUGGGGAGUCCGGAGGUGAGAGGCAGACGCGCGUGGAGGGAGAUGGGGCGGGGAUUUUGGUGUGGGGAGAGGAAAAAGAUAGAGAAACUGCGAGGGAGAAGGUUAAACUUAUGAGAGGGGAGGAGGAGGAAGAAGAGGAAGAAGGGGAGGAGGAAAAUGGGGAGGAGGAGGAAGAGGAGGAGGAUUGGAUGAAGGAGGUGAGGGCUGCAUGGAGCGAGAGGAGAGGCAGCGCGAGGCGUGCAGGGAGUAAGGGGGUCGGCAAUGAGGAACAAAGGCCAACUCCAGCAGCAGAAGCAGCUCUCGCACACGGAUCAGCACAAGCAUCAGCGACUGCAGCAGCAGACGCAGCAGUGACCCCAUCUCUGCUUCCUCCCCUGCUGCCGUUCCCAGCCCCUGAGCGGUGGGAGGAGGAUCCCGUGUACCAAGGCAUGGCUUAUGUCGGCUGCGCGCACCAGUACACCCCUGCACACUUCCUCAGGUUCCUUGCCAACUGGCGGCUGCAGCAAGAGAGUGGUAGCAGGAGCACAUGAGCUGUAAAUAGUGGCAGUGGCGUGCAGGUUGUUGCACCCUCUGUGUACUUGCCAUUUUCAUGCUUGGGAAUUUUCAUCUUCGGGUAGUAGCUUGCAACCAGAACUGCCCAAUAAUUAGGUAUGGUACUGUGUGUUGUGAUAUAAUUGAUACUUAGCAUUUCUGACUUAAGCGUUUCUGAAGUGUAACACUGUACUCGAGGAAGAUUACAGGGGAGCACGCGAGUCAACGGAGGUUACACGAGGGGGCGGACAAAGAAUGCGAAAGGACUCGAAAGGUCGCAACUGGAGGUUGCGACUGACCGUUACAACAUCACGGACGGACUUAAGCGUUUCUGAAGUGUAACACUGUACUCGAGGAAGAUUACAGGGGAGCACGCGAGUCAACGGAGGUUACACGAGGGGGCGGACAAAGAAUGCGAAAGGACUCGAAAGGUCGCAACUGGAGGUUGCGACUGACCGUUACAACAUCACGGACGGUAACCGAAGCGGCAAUCGAGUCGCUGUGCGACUCGAUAAACCGUUCCUGUAACU